UUGUAAACAACUGCGAAACUGCCGGUUUACAGGUGUAGAAGGAACUCCAUCCACUAUUGUGCCGGCGCUCUGCUCAGUGGUAUAACGAUUUGAAAAAAAAUCAGUCGCGAUUGUUUUGCCGUGAUAUCAACUUGGGCCAUCAAGUGAGACGGAUAAAUCUUCACAAUGGGUAAAUUCAAAGAAUCCCUAGGCAUCAACGAACUGACCCAGAAGAAAGGUGGAAUUUGGAAAGCACUACUCGCAGAAUUUCUAGGAACACUAUUGCUAAAUUUCUUCGGUUGUGCAUCAUGUGUCAGCUUGAAAACUACCACGCCAAACUUUGUAUUGAUAGGACUCACAUUUGGUCUAACGAUAUUCAUUGUAGUCCAGACAUUAGGACAUGUUAGUGGAGCUCACAUAAACCCUGCAGUCACUGCUGGCAUGUUAGCAACAGGAAAUAUCCAAGUAAUCAAAGCAAUAUUGUACAUCAUUGUUCAAUGUUUAGGAGCUCUUGCAGGUUCCUCCAUUCUCAAGGCUGUAACCCCAGAAAACUUCCAAGGCGGCCUUGGAAAAACGGUGCUCACCAAUGAAGUCACCGAACCGCAAGCAGUGGCUGUCGAAAUCUUGCUUGGCUUCGUUUUGGUCCUCACUGUCUGUGGAGUCUGCGACCCAAACAGGCCAGAGGCUAAGCCGAUAGCAGCCUUGGCCAUAGGUAUGGCAGUAACUCUAGGACACUUGGCUGUCGUGGACUACACAGGGUCUAGCAUGAACCCUGCUCGUAGUUUCGGCGCUGCUCUCAUCACCGGCGACUGGGAAUGCCACUGGGUCUACUGGAUUGGACCAAUUCUAGGAGGUGUUGCAGCUGCUCUCAUAUACAAACAUGCUUUUGCUGCUCCAUCAUUAGGACCAGUGAGAAUCAUUGAAAGAUAUACAACUGUUGUAGCGGAUGAGAAAGAGCUCAAGAGAUUAGAUGCCACAAAAGGUGAAGAAGCUUGAACCAAAAUGCACGAUAUAUUCCACUGAAGAAACCUAAAAGUGUGUUCAGAAAAUUUGUUUCUCAAAGUUUAUUUCUAGAUUUUAAGUUAUUUAUUAUAAGACAAUCGUUUAUGAAAUUAUGGAGAUGUACCUAUUUAAAUCUCAUUGAGAAUUAUAAACAUAUUUAUUGUAUGUAUAAAUGUCGAAUAUAAUUGUGUAAACAUUCGACGGAUUUCAUUGUAAUAAAGUUUAUGCUAUAAACUGUUCACGUUCAUAAAAUAAAGCUUAAUUUUCAUACA